AAAAAUCUUAAUGAAAAAAGAAGAAAGAAAGAGGAAAAAGGGGCGAAAGAAGAAAAGCUUUAAAUAAAAACCUGAGCGAUGGAUCACGCUUUCAGGCAUAGAUACACAUAGAUUGACAGCUCAUCACCUCACCCCAGAGUGGACACAACUUUUGGUGUUUCCUCUUCGGCAGAAGAAGAUUUAUUUUUUCGUUCAUCAGCAAAACCAGAAGAACAAAAUAGAGAGGGCACUGCUCAAGGUUGCUGCAAUGAAGGGUGGUGCUAAGAAAAAGGCCACGGCGGAUGCUCCGGCCGAGGUGGUGGAGCCUUCUGGUGCUGCGGAUUCGGGAAGUGGAGAGGGUGGAAGUGACAAAGUUCAAAGCUUUGAGGGGAACGAGGGUACCCAGUUGCGGAACGGUGAGGAUGAGGAACCCCAGGUGGAGGAUUCUGAAGGGGAGGGUGAGGAAGGAGAAGGGGAGGGGGAACAAGAGUAUGGUGUGGAGGGAGAUGAAGAAGAGGAAAAUGCUGGUGGUGCUUUUCCAGGGGCUCAAGGUGUUGUUCUUGCUGAGAAUUUUUAUGAAGUUGAAGCUAUACGUCGUAAGAGGGUGCGCAAGGGUCAAGUGCAAUACUUUAUCAAGUGGAAUGGGUGGCCUGAGACAGCCAACACUUGGGAGCCACCAGAAAAUCUAGUUUCUGUUCCUGAUGUUGUUGAAGCUUUUGAGGAGAGCUUGAAGUCAGGAAGACACAGGAAGCGCAAACGCAAGCACGUGGUGCAUCAUACUCAACCCAAGAAGAGGCUGGAGCGUUCUACCACUCCAUACAGUCUUCGACGCUUUUCCAGUACUGUUGGAAACCAUUCACAGUCUGCUCUUCCUGUUCUUAGUGAUGCUAGCCUUCCUGUUAUUCCUGCCUUUCCGCAGACUGUUCUUUUUGCUGAUGAACUGGGAAAUGGUGCUGGCAGCAAUCUUGAAAGUGCCACACCUGUUAUUGUUAACAAAUCUCCAAUUGUUUUAGAACAAAAUGUUGAAAGGAAUGAGGAAAAUGAUUAUGAUCCUAAGCUUAGUGAGCUUAAAGCCUCUUCUGCCAGUGGGAAUGACGCCGACAGGCUUGCAAUACGAAUUCCAGAGGCAAUGCCUUCUGGUCCUGGGUUUGCUGGCAAUAAUGGUCAAACAGCUGCUAAACCAAAGGUGGUUCGCAUGGAAACAAGUGAAAGUGGUCGCUGCCGAGGAGCCAAAAGGAGAAAAUCUGGUUCUGUAAAGAGGUUCAACAAAGAGUUAUAUGCUGGUGAGCCUGCCAAUACACAAAACCCAAUUGGAGCAGCUGUUGGUACAGAUGAGUCAGCACUACUAUCACGGAAUGCUGGUAGUGGUGGUAAUCAUGCCAGACCUGCUAGCAAUAUUGUAAAGAUUAUAAAACCAAUAGGCUAUUCAGCUUCCGUAGCCAGCGGAGCGCAGGAUGUUUUGGUAACCUUUGUGGCUUCAAACUGGUCGGUUCAGGAAAGGAGAAGUGUUAAUUUUGGUUGCAAUUGUGUACUCUUCGAUAAUGAUUAUUUUCAGUUAAUGAAAAAACAGUAGUACCUUUCUCUUACAAUUUAUAGAGACAGUUGAUCAAGCUUCUAGUAAUAAAUGAGGCCAGUCACAGAUAUUUCCAAUAUCGUUUUGACUUAUUGAAGCUUAUUUUAUUUUUUUAUAUUUCACUACAAGCAGUUUAAGCUUGAAUUUUAUUGUGCUGAGUAUAGUGUUUUUCUAUUCUUUGGUUGAUAAAGGAUUCGGUGUGGAAUAUUUGAUAGAAAGGGGGGAAUUGAUGUACUUGAGAAGCUAAGAUGUCCACAAUUCCUUUGUUAGUACCAAUACAAUUUUAGCCAAUGUUGACAAAUGCUAAAACAUAUAUACUAAACAAAAUACUUACCUUUAAAUUUUGUGGUUCUUCAAUUAGACCUUGAUUGUCUUUUAGAAGGCCCUACCUGAUGACUAGACCCAAUAGUGCUCUCAUUGGGGUCCCAAUGGGAAGGAAGAAAGGCAAACGGGAGAGGAAGUGCCACUCACACACACGUAAAUUAGGUGCCUAAGCUAAACUUAUCUGGCUUGGCAGGACCAUCCCACAUGACUUGUAUUGUAGUCAACUUGACUGAGAGUUAUUUGGUUAAGGAAAUAAAUAAACUAGCCUCAAGAGAGGGUUGAGGCAUUGCUUCUAUCGACCACCUUUCAUAAUGUUCUAGGAAGCAUGCAACCUUGGAGUGGAACAAUCUUUCAGCAAAUCAUCAUUGAUAGGGAAAUGAGUCAAGUAAAGAAGUAACAAAGAAUGAUUACGGUUCUUGGUAAAGAGAAGAAACAAGUGUAGCAAUAAUAUCAUAUCAAAAGCUAAAUCAUCGGCGUUUGGGCGAAUGGGUAUGAGAGAAAAAGGUUUUGGAGUUCAUAUUUUGAGACAAAAUAAUAAAUUGAAAGAGGUACCCUUGGAAAAAGGACAUGGUGUCAUGUGUAAGUGUCAUUUGUU